CGCAUGUGCACUUUGCUCGUUUGUGCGCCUCCACGCAUGCGCACCGUCUCCGGUUUGCCCUCGCUUCCGGUGCUUCCCAAGUGCCCGCUCCUGUGGCCUUUGGCCUUCGUAGGCGCAUUCACGGAGCCUGUGGGGCCAGGGACACCGGCGGGGCGGCACCAGGAAGGCGCGAGCGGUGCGACUCAGGGCCUCCGCUGCUGGGCGGAGGCUGGAGUGGGACCGAAGCGCGAUCGCCGAGCCCGUGGUGGAGGCCGGAGGGGCCGGGCGGGCGGCGGCGGGACCUGGUGCAGCUUGGGGCGACCUCGGCGGCCAGGCCGUCGCUGCGGGACGGAGAUUCCUGCCUGUGGCUGCCAGGUAACUGCGGACCUCAGUGACCUUUUCCUCCUCAAGGUCCACCAGCAAGUCACUCACUUUCCUGAGAACAGCUGAAAAUGUACAGACUGCAGGGGCCAGUGUCAUUCAAGGAUGUCGCUGUGGACUUCACUCAAGAGGAGUGGCAGCAGCUGGACCGAGAUGAGAAGAUGACAUACAGGGAUGUGAUGUUGGAGAACUAUAACAAUCUCAUUUCUGUGGGGUAUGAUGUUACCAAACCAAAUGUGAUCAUUAAAUUGGAGCAAGGUGAGGAGCCAUGGACAAUAGAAGGUGAUUUCUCUCAAACUUGUCCAGAAGUAUGGAAGAUUGAUGACCUCAUAGAGAGAAUUCAAGAAAAUGAAGAUGAACAUACAAGGCAAGCUGUUGAUAUUCAUAGCCAAACCUUGACAGAGGAGAGAAGGGAUGCACUUGAUAAAAUAUGUAAUGUGGAAACAAACCUUGAUCCUUCAAGCAUAAUAGCUCACGGAUGUGUCUCUUGUGGGAAGAGGUUAGAAACUUUUUCAGAAUUAAUCAGUAGUGAUGGAAGCUAUGCAAGGAAGAAACCUGAUGUGUGUAAUGAAUGUGGGAAAAUUUGUCAUGGAGAGAACCUUUGUGAGAUUAAUCAAAUUGAGGACACCUGUUCUCAAAGUGAAGAAAGUAUUCUGCAGAAAAUUAAUGAUUUGGAGAAGCCCUUUGACUACGAGUGCAUGGAAGCCUUAGAUAGUGAAGCUGUUUUCAUUGCUCAUCAUGAAAGAGCAUAUAUGGGGGAGAAGGCUUAUGAGUGGAAUGAUUCUGAGCCAGACUUCAUCCAGAUGUCAAAUUUUAAUGCCUAUCAGAGCUCACAGAUAGAAAUGAAGCCCUUUGAAUGCACAGAAUGUGGAAAGUCCUUUUGCAAAAAGUCCAAAUUCAUCAUUCAUCAGAGGGCCCACACAGGAGAGAAACCCUAUGAGUGUAAUGUGUGUGGUAAAUCCUUUAGUCAGAAGGGAACACUCACUGUACAUCGAAGAUCACACUUGGAGGAGAAGCCCUAUAAAUGUACUGAGUGUGGGAAAACCUUCUGUCAGAAGUUACACCUCACACAGCAUGUGAGAACGCACUCGGGAGAGAAGCCCUAUGAAUGUAGUGAGUGUGGGAAAACCUUCUGCCAGAAGACACAUCUCACCCUACACCAGAGAAACCACUCAGGAGAGAGACCCUAUCCAUGUAGCGAGUGUGGGAAAUCCUUCUCCCGCAAGUCAGCCCUCAGUGACCAUCAGAGAACCCACACAGGAGAGAAGCUUUAUAAGUGUAAUGAGUGUGGAAAGUCCUACUACCGAAAGUCUACCCUUAUUACUCACCAGAGAACACAUACGGGCGAGAAGCCCUAUCAGUGUAGUGAAUGUGGCAAAUUCUUUUCGAGGGUGUCAUACCUCACUAUACAUUAUAGGAGUCACUUAGAAGAGAAGCCUUAUGAAUGUACUGAAUGUGGCAAAACCUUUAAUUUAAAUUCAGCCUUCAUCAGGCAUCGGAAGGUACAUGCAGAAGAGAAACUCCAUGAUUGUGGUGAAUGUGGGAAGUUUUCUCAGUCACUGUAUCUCACUGACCAUGAUACAACCCAUGUAGGAGAGAAGCCCUAUGAAUGUAAUGAGUGUAGGAAAACUGUCCUUGAAAAUUCAGCCUUCAAGGGCCAUCAGCCCCUUCCAGAAGAGGAGAAAACCUAUGAAUGUAAUAUAUGUGGAAAAUCCUUCUCUGAGUUGACAACCUACACUGUACAUUACAGAGGACAUGCUGAAGAGAAGCCUUUUGGAUGUAAUGAGUGUGGGAAAACCUUCUCCCAUAAUUCAUCCCUCUUUAGACAUCAGAGAGUACACACUGGUGAGAAGCCCUAUGAAUGUUAUGAAUGUGGAAAAUUCUUCUCCCAGAAGUCCUAUCUCACAAUUCAUCAUCGGAUUCAUUCAGGAGAGAAACCCUAUGAGUGUAGCAAGUGUGGGAAAGUCUUCUCUCGGAUGUCAAACCUCACUGUACACUAUAGAAGCCAUUCAGGAGAAAAACCCUAUGAAUGUAAUGAAUGUGGGAAAGUCUUUUCUCAGAAGUCAUACCUCACUGUACAUUACAGAACUCAUUCAGGAGAAAAACCCUAUGAAUGUAAUGAUUGUGGGAAAAAAUUCCACCACAGAUCAGCCUUCAAUAGCCAUCAGAGAAUUCAUAAAAGAGGGAAUAUGAAUGUACUCAAUGUGGAAAACCCCUGAAAUCAAAUCUCAAUUUUUAGAAAACCUGAGUGUACAAAUCUGGGAAAUUUGAUAAGGAGCCUAAUAUUCAUUUGACCAUCUUCCUGAAUGGGGAAAAGCUUUGAAGUGUUAGAUCCAUUUUAAUUGGAUUUUUCAGAGAAGAAUCCUUAACAGUGCACCAAGUAGCAAAGCCUUCAAGAAGACCAUACAACUUAUGAGACACUAGAUAUUUUAUGCAGGUGUGAAAUUUUAUAAGUAUUUAUUAUUUAUUUUAGGUUCAAAUUGUAUUUACCUAUCAGGGAAUCAUACUAAAGAGAAGUCUGUCAAUAUGAUGAAUGUGGAGAACAUACUGUCUUGAAAAUUGUUAUGCUAAAAGCCAUAUUUCUGAUGUAAAAAAUGUUUCUAGGAAAGAUUAAACCAUCAGCUCUGAAUAAACUUCCAUUUUAUAAAAUGAAGUUUUAAAAUCAUCAGGAGUUGAUGUGAGGACUGUAGCAUUAAACAUAUAUUUCCUGUUAUGUUUUUCAAAGCAAUCUAAUGGUAAUUCUAUGCAAAUUAGGAUUUGAAUAACAUGAAAAGACAGUAUUCUUGAGUAUUGGAUGGCAAAAUGUACUAACAGGGAUAUGUUGUUGGUGGGAUAUUUGAUAAUUGUAUAAUAGUAAAGUACAUAACUUUCAAUUUUUUAGAGGAAUGUACAAGUUCAUUUUUAGUGAAUGCUUCAUCAGUAGAGGGGUGCUUUUCAACUUCACUUGAGCUAAAAAAGGAUUUUAAAAAAUACUAUUUUGAUAAAGUAUGCAUACAUAAUUUGGGAGCCUGUUUCAGUGAAAGAACGAGUGCUAUAUGUUCUACCCUACUCUAACAUAGCCCCAGUUCUUCACCUCUCUCAUUUUCUGAUCUAUAGAUUUGAGUACCUAGAAUGCCAGUAUUAUGAAAUUGAGACUUUUUAAUGUGAUAUGGCUGUCAUUUUGUUUAUUGUCCUUUAUUCCCUAUACUUUUGAACAAAUCAAUAUAAGUUUGCAGCAGACAUUUUCUGGUUGAUUGACUUAAUGUCCUCCCUUAUUCCUUGCUGGAAGAGUUUGACUACCUACUCUUUUCACUUGAUCCUGUAAAUCCUGAUGAGUUUACACCAAUAAUGAUCCAAUCUUUUGCCAGUACAGUAGCCCCCUGUUCCUUGGAUACCUGAUGGAUACAUGAUGGGUCUAUUCCUUGGAUACCUGAUGGGCAGGUAGCAGAUACAGCAGGGAUACUCUGGACAAAAGGAUGAUUCGUGUCCCAGGCAAGAUGUGCGAGAUUUCAUCACACUGAUUACAGUUGUGCACACAUUAAAAUUUAGGAGUCACUCAUUUCUGAGAUUUCCCAUUUAGUGCUUUUGGACUGGCUGACCCCAGAUAAGUGAAAGUGUGCAAAGUGAAACCUCAGGUAAGAAGGGGCUGUUGUAACUUGUUUGUGAUGACCAUAUAACCCACUCCUGUAUAAACCAAGCUAAUAAAUUUGUUCAGGGAAGUGGGUGAACUGGUGAUCAAAUGGGUCUUGCUCCAAGAAUGCAAGAGUGGUUAAAUAUUCAGAAGUCAACCACUGUCAAUCACAUAUAGGUGAUUUGGUAUGCAGAAAAGUGACAGAAUUAAUGUCCAUUUAUAAUCUUAGCAAAUGUGGAUAGAAAGGAACUUCCUUAAUUGGACAGAGUAACUUAAACUAUAACAAACAGUAUGCUUAAUGGUGAAAUAGUGAAAGUUUUCUCCUACGAUAUUAAGUCAAGGAUAUCUUCUGUCACAGAUUUUAUGCAACACUGUACGGAAGGACUUAGCCAGGGGAAUGGAUGGAUGGAUAUAUAUGGAUUGGAAAAGAAGUAAAACUUUAUUUGCAGAGACAUGAACUAGUAAGUAGAAUAUUCUUGAGAAUAUUCAGAUAAUAAAAAUUAAUGAAUAAAUUGAGCAAGGUCCCUGCAUACAAGAUCAUUUUUUUGGUACUGGGGAUCAAACUCAGGACCUUGCGCUUGUGAGGCAGGCAACAGAACCACUGAGCUAAAUCCCCAGCCCCAUAAGAUCAUUUUUGGCAAAACUUGUUUUUCAUUAUACCAGCAAAAAACAAGACAAAAAAUGUUAAAGCAAUACCAUUUUUUAAAAAAUCUGAAUUUUUUUCAAGUGCCUAGGGAAUAGUUUAAUAUGUUUUCAAGAGAUUUAUCCAGAGAAAAAUAAGAAUUAUUUCAAUGUCAAUUUUCCCUAAUUUAACUCAUAUAUUGAGUGCAGUCUUCAUGUUUAGUGUUGUUUUUGUGGUACUGGGGAUUGAACACAGGACCUUGAGCAUGUUAGGCAAGCACUCUGGUGCUGAUCUGCACCCCAGCCCUUUAUUUUAUUGUAAUUCUUGAGAUAGCCUCACUGAGUUGCUUAGGCUGGCCCUAAACUUGAGACCCUCCUGCCUCAGCCUCCUGAGUGGAUUGUAUUACAGCUGUACACCACCACACCCCACUCAGUACAAUCAUAAUUUUUUUUUAAAUUCAGGAAUUCUUUAAUGGAAAUUCACAAGUUAAAUCUAAAGUUGAUAUGAAUAGUCAAAAUGCCAAUAAUACAGUCAAGGCUGUAUUGUAAAAGCUGUAUAAUGCUACUUGUAGGUAUCAAGAUCUGUUAUAAACCCAUAGGAAUUAUGAUGUGAGAUUGGCACAAAAAUAAAAGGGGGCUGGGGAUUUAGCUCAGUGGUUUCUCCGCCAGCUGUCCAAGUUCAAGGACUAGAGUUCGAUCUUCGGUACCAAAAAAAAAAA